AGCAUGUGCGCGCGCCCGCCCGCCCCUGUAUUCCCGGAAGCGGGUGGCUGUCUGACAUCGCCGCUCCCUCCUCGCGCCAUUGAGAAGUCAGUUGAAGCUCACGCUAGCCUAUUGACUCACACAGCGCCCGCAUCUCUACGUAGUAAAUCAUGGCCGAACAUGAACCCACCCCAGAGCAGCUAGCAGCCAUCGCUGCCGAGAACGAGGAGAGCGAGGCUGUGAACUACAAGCCGCCGGCACAGAAGAGCCUUCAGGAGAUCCAGGAGCUGGACAAGGACGACGAGAGCCUGCGCAAGUACAAAGAAGCUUUGCUCGGCUCAUCCACUGUGGCUGCAGUGGAUCCCAACGCUCCCAACGUCCAAGUGACACGGCUAACUUUAAUGUGUGAGACGGCCCCUGCUCCUCUGACCCUUGACCUGCAAGGAGAUCUGGAGAGCUUCAAAAAGCAGUCGUUUAUUCUUAAAGAAGGAGUGGAGUACAGGAUAAAGAUCAGCUUCAAGGUAAACAAGGAGAUUGUCUCAGGACUGAAGUAUGUACAACAGACCUUUAGGAAAGGGGUGAAGCUCGAUAAGUCUGACUACAUGGUGGGCAGUUAUGGGCCUCGACCAAGCGAGUACGAGUUCCUCACCCCUCUAGAGGAGGCUCCAAAGGGCUUGCUGGCCCGUGGCACCUACAACAUAAAGUCCAAGUUUACUGACGACGACAAGCAUGACCACCUGUCCUGGGAGUGGAACCUCAACAUCAAGAAGGACUGGAAAGAUUAAGUCAUCCCGAACCUCAGCUGCUUUUCCUCUCCAUCGUUUUCCAUUCUCUCUCUCUCUCCCUCUCUCUUUCCUCUCCAUUUCCUCAUAAGUACCUUCAUUAUGGAAUAACUGGUUAAUCAGCAAAGUUUCUCACUCCGUCCAUCUUCCUACCAUCUGUCAUUCUUUGCAGUUGCUCCUCCCCUUCACUCCCUUCCACUGAACGAGUAUUGAGGAUUUUCAUGAAAAAUAUAUAUGUGAAAACAAACAAAAAUGUGCACAAUCCAAAUUUUGUGUUUUUGUUUUGUUUGUAUAUAAAAGUAAAAAAAAAAAAAAGAGAGGAAAAAAAAGUUCAAAAAGAUGAAUGCUUUUGACAUGGCUGUUGUUGGUAAUCUUCACGUCCCCAAUGCUUAUCCUUCUGUGUCCUUUACCCUACCCAUGUGUGUGUCCUGUGUGCAAAAUUCCUUACAUUCCUUUUCUCUUUAUUCGUUAGUUUUUUGUUGUUUUUUUUAAAUUACCAUAAUCUGCCUUGAUGAAAGUGAUGGGAACGGUGCCGCUUAAUGUUUUGCCACUGGCAGAGCUAUCGGCUUUCCUCAACCCUAUACAUGUGGGAAGGUGGUGGGUACCUUUUUUGAGAUAAUCUGUGUGCAGUAGGUGGUUAUAGCUGACAUUGAAAAUCUGUUCCUAGCAGGGAUGUUUGCAUGUGCGUAAUGUAGUGUUUCAAAAAAGAUGUAGCUGACGUGUUGCAAAUGUGACCUCCUGUCCACUGGAGGAACUCCACUGAUAAGCCUUCCUGGUAGUGGCCUGUGUAUUUUUUUUUUUGUUUUUUGUUUGUUUGUUUGUUUGUUUGUUUUUUUUUAAGACAUGUGGCCUUAAGAAAUUAUUCCUGUAGCACGAUGUUGAGGAACUUUUUUGCCUUUUGAAGUGUACUAGUUUUAAAUAUUAUA